AAUCAGUUUAUUUUAUUUAUUGUAAAUAUUUAUUAUGAGAAUAGAAGAAUAAAUGAAAUUAUUUAGUGUUAAGUGAUAAAGAGGUGAGUGGAAAGUGGCCAUUGGGGAGAUGAAAACUUUGGAUCCAGAUAACGAAGCUAGCAGCUGUUUAAACCCAAAUAACCUUUUGAUUGAGUCAAAGGCCCUGCUGAAAUGCAAUUCUGACUUGGCUCAAAGUUACAACGUGUUAAAGCAAUCACCAAUGGGUCACAAAGGGCAGUAUUAUGAGAGUGUCCUCUCAAAGUCUGGUGUAGUGACACAAGAUUCCCGCAGCCACAGCCUACCAAAUGAUCUGGAUGAGAAGAAUAAAAUGAUAAAUGGGAAUUCUGAUAAUUAUGAAACCUGUGAUAUAAACACCAAGUUGUUGAACAACAAUGAAAGUCCUCCACAUUCACCCACUCAAGACCUCUGGUUCAAGACAUGGCCAGAGAGAUGUGAGAAAAUUAAAUGCAAUGAUGCUGAGACCUCACAAACAUGUGAUAAAAUCAUGACCAACCAACAUAAGGUGACUCUCAAUGAAGCUCUCCAAAAUAUUUCCUUAGCUUACAGCCCAGUUACUAAGCAACUUCAUCUAGUUCAUAAUGAGCAACAGUCUGUAGAGGCUGAACAUAAAAAGCCUGGUCAUAAGAGAAAUGAUCCAGGCUCAUUCUCAAGCACUCUAUCAAGUUUAAGUGAUGCUUCACAGUCUGGAAGUCUGCUUGACAGUGAAGGUAGAUCUUCUCCAGCAAGCUCAGAAUCUGGAGCCAAGCCAAAAACUAAAAAGAGUUUGGGAAAUUUCUUUAACAAGAAUGUGUUCUCCUCAAAUUCAGUUUGGAAAAUAUUUUCAAAAACUGCUGCAGAUAAUCCUGGUUCACCACAGCAUCAAAAUGUUGUUGUCAGUUCUGCAGCACUUAUCCAACAUAUGAGACCAUCUAAUUUGCCUGCUAAAACUGAAGAGGAGGAGCUAAGACACAGAGAACAAUACAAAGCAAUUGUUGCUGCUGCUAAAAAGAAGGAAGCUCAAAAUUCUGUUGCUAAACAGAAGCAGCAGCGCUUGCAGCUGCAAUUGGAGGAGCAAUAUGCUUCAUCUACUAAACACUUUACACAAAAUGUUCUUCCAAAUUGGGAUAAUAUGUAUAAUACUCGAAAAACUAGAGAUCUGUGGUGGCUGGGACUACCUUCAAGUAUAAGGGGUAAAGUGUGGAGACUGGCAAUUGGUAAUGACUUGAAUCUCAGUCAACAACUAUACGAGAUUUGUUUAUCCCGCGCUCAGAACAGACUAAGCAGUCCUGAACCGCCAAAAAGUGAAUCUGAUAUUGACCAGGAGAGUAGCAUGGAUGUGAUACAGUUAGAUAUAUCCAGAACAUUUCCUAAUCUGUGUAUUUUCCAAGAAGGCGGACCUUACUCCGAUGUUCUGCAUUCGCUGCUGGCCGCUUAUGUUUGUUAUAGACCUGAUGUGGGCUACGUGCAAGGAAUGUCCUAUAUUGCGGCCAUACUCAUUCUCAAUAUGGAACCAUUCGAUGCUUUUGUAUGUUUCGCGAAUUUGCUAAAUAAGCCUCUGCAUAUUGCCGCAUUCACAUUGAAUCAGAAUCAAAUACAGGCGUAUUUCAAUGCGUACAAUCAAAUCUUCAACUACAACCUCCCAAAACUGUUUGCUCACUUUGAUAACUCUGGUCUGACUCCAGACCUGUACUUGCUAGAUUGGAUAUACACGGUGUUUGCUAAAGCAAUGCCAUUGGACGUUGCGUGCAGGGUGUGGGAUUUGUUUUUAAGGGAUGGCGAGGAAUUUAUUUUCAGAACCGCUCUGGGCAUUCUGCACAUGAACCAAGAACAACUGAUGAAAAUGGACUUUUUGCAUGGCUCGCAGUUCCUCACUCGUUUACCAGACGAUCUGUCGGUCGAUCAACUUUUUAAAAGCAUUCAGACGGUCAGUCCGAACGUUGGUAAGCAAAGUUUUAAUCAAAUUUUAGAUAAGUGCAGUUCUACGAUGAACGAAUCGUGAGGAAAGUACACAGAGUACUCUUUUUUUUAUUCGUUAGCAAUAACAUUUCGAUUUUCCGAUUGUUGUGUUUUUAUAUUGAAUUAUAUAUACAUACAUUUCAUGGGUACAAAGAGGAUUGAUGUGCAAAUCUUUCCGUCCAUCUGAUGAAUCUCGUUUAGCUGUUCGUCAGGACAGAUGGAAUCUCGUUUUUAAAAUGUACAUAGCGGAAUUUUUUUUAGGUCAUAGUAAAUCUGUGUAAAAGGCUGUGUCCAAAAUAUAUGUACGGAUUUUAAUAUGUACAUAUUUACAAUAAAAGAAGAAAAGCGAUACCUAAAUUCAGGAUGCGGAAGAAAGUGAUCAAAGACAACGUUUUGAUAAUUUUCUUUUAUUAUAUAAUCUUUUUUAAAUGUUAAUUGUUCGGAGCAACGUUGGCGUAGUUUAGCACAAAUUUAUAUUUUUAUAUUGUACAUUUCGGUAGUCUAUUUCUUGGUUGAUUCUCUCUACAUAUAUAUUCCCAGGCAACAUAAUGUAUUGUUUGAUAGAAACGCAUCUGUUUAAUUACAUUUUUAUUGAGAAAUCCAUCAACUAAAAUGUUCUUGAAUAAAUGCGUUUUUCGUGCGCUCGAAUUCGUUUAUAGUCGAUAUUAUAUAUACAGAUCUAUUUAUCAAUUAAUUGUAAUUUUUAUUUAUGCAAUUGUAAACAUGUAUGUGAUAUUUAUUAUAUAUUAUUUUCUUUUAUUGUAAUGUGUUAUGUAUUCGCAUAUAAAAGAGACAUGAAAGGAGACUCAUUUCGAUUCAAGCUUAUAUUUUUUUUGAUUGAUCAUUAAAAUGAAACGAUUGUGUAAUAAUCUCAUAUUAAUAAUAAAACAUUAAUUAUCAUUUAUGUUCAUUAGCCUAGUAAUGAAGAGUUUCAAAUCCGAUGUAUAUUUAGUUGCCUACAUUUCAUUAAAAAUAUUGCGGUGUUUCCAUAUACAGUGGAACUUUGCUUAACGAGUUUA